UCCACAGAAGAAGAAGAAGAGGAAAAAUAAUGACGAAGGAAAAAAGUUGAGCCGCAGAUGUAAACAUGGAGGCGGAAACUAAAAACCAAGCCUCUACAGACGCGAGUAAUGUAGACCAAAGUGUCCGUUUCGAACACGUGUCCGCAGUGGCCACGGGCUGGAUGCUCGACUUCAUGUUUCUUCGCCUGUGUCGACAUUUCAAGGAAGGGAAACUCGACGAGUUCAACGACACGCUUUCGGUCGUCGAGGCCAUCUCGCGGAGUCCGUCUCUGAAAGGAGACGUCUACGGUGAGAAGACGUUGAUCAGUGCCUUCCUCGCCAGAGUCAUGCAUGGACAGCUGCUGGAUGUCCAGUUUGAGGAGGACGACGAUGUGAUGCCUCUGAUGUCUGCUGCCAAAAUAUGGUCCAAACUGGAAGUCACCGUAGCAGAUGAAAGUGUGUUUAAAGACAUCACCUUUCUGUUGUAUGUCCAGUCUGUGGCCGUGUGCUUGGAGAAAGGCCAGAAACCUUCUGCCUCCUCAGCUCUGAAGUGGUUUGCAAACAACUACAGGCUUCCAAAGAACAUGGGAGUCCGGCUGUCCAAAAUUGUGACGCAGAGGGAAACUUACCACCCGUUACUCAUGAGCUUCAGCUUUAGGAACCUGUUGGACACGGUCCAGUCCUACGUGGACACUUACCUGGAGAAAAAUCCCUCUGACCACCUUCUCAAGGAAGCCACUAAGACGGUCCUGUCAUCACCGAACAGCGAGGGUUUAAAGGAAGCGGUGACACUGGACGGCUCUGUCUCUGAAACGGCCGACGAAUCAAUAGAGGACGAUCUCAAGAAAAAGGAGCGUGUUGUAUGCCACAGAACAAAACGGAAACUCCUCUCAACUAAAAUCACUGACGUGUGGAAACCUGAUUCGUGCAAGAAGUCGACUGUCUCAAUGAGAAGACUCUCCAAGAAUGAGUUAUCUCGGGUGUUAUCUGAGAAGUCCAUGGACAGCACAGAGAUCCAGAAGAAAAGAAAAGCACGUCAGAAGUGGACGCCCCAGCUAGACAGAAACCUAAAGGCUGGCGUUAAACAACACGGCCAGGGGAAGUGGUCUCAAAUAUUACUGGAUUACGACUUUGAAGGACGCACGGGGACGAUGCUCAAAGACCGCUGGAGAGUUUUAAAAAGGGCACAUGAAGUCAGCUGAAGAGGUGUCCCCCCCCCCCCCCCCCCGGAAAAAAACUUGUUAAUACAGUCAUUGACUUAUCUGGUCCACUUGUUUUAAUUACUGACAAUGUUCUUCGAUGUUAUUGGCUUGUUCUACUCUAUUUGCACCAAGAAAAUACGCCACCAGAGGGCAGUCAACACGGAGCAAUGGAUCAGGCCACUGGCAUUACCUGCUCUAAUAGAUGCAGAUGAUGACACUUUCACUUGUAGACGUUAUAUUUUCAUCCAAUUCUGAUGGCAUUUGUUCCUUUAUCAUGCAAAUGUGUUGUUGUUUUUAAUUUGCUUGUUCUGUCAUGUCACCAGAAGAUGCACACGUGCCCUGCUCUGCCUUCCUUGAUGGGGAGCAGUUCAUGUUUUUGUGAGUUCUUUUUUUUAUAUAAAUCUGCAAUGAAAUGUAAAUAUUUUUUUAUUUUAUUUUAAAAAUUCAAGUUAAAUAGCUUUCACAAAAAAACUGUUCAAGUGACUUGUAACAAAAAAAUGUUCAAAAUCAACUGACCAGUAUUUAAUGUGUGUUGAAUACUGUAUUACAGUGACUUUACACAGAAUGCUACGACUUCAGACAGGACAACAGAAAUGUGUGAGGUGAUUUGAAAAUGCUUUUUCAUAUCAGAUGUGAUACGUUCAGUGAAUCUAUUAGAGACAUACCGGUAAUUUGCAUUGCAUCACCAUCACACGUGAAGUCUGUUAGUGAGAAAAGCCUGCGGUGUCUAAGCGUCUAAGUAUUUCAGUUCCACUGUUGGGGGGGCUGAGCUCGGCUAUGAGCACCGGAGCGGGGCCCCCCGCCGCUGUGCUGGUCUGUUCAGGUCAGAUGAAGACGAAGCUGUGCUGUGGUGGACAGUCGCACUGCUGGGUUUUCUGGAUCUUCCUCCACGUCCCGCGACACUGGGGGUUCCCCACCGCCUGCCAGCGGAGCGAAGCGUCCCUGUAAAACAACCAUAGAUCACUGAUGGUCUACACACACAUACACACACACACACACACUACAUGCACACAUUAGCAUCUGUGCCACACAAUGUGGCAACGCUAUUGCACUGAUUUAAGUUUGAUUCAUUGUGGGGGUAGGAAACGUAUCCUGCUCAGAUGUGUUCUAUAGUUAAAGUCACUGACACAGAUUGAGCUAUGUUUUUUACACAUCUUCUUACUUACCGGGGUGAAGUCAUUUUCAUAAUUUGACAUUCAUCCGUUUUUCGCCGCUGCCAUCUCCACCGGCUCCGCGUCUAAACUUUUGACCUUUAAACCUUGAAAUAUGCAUAUUAAAGAAACUUGCCCACUGAUAAGUAUGCUAAGGGAUUUACUAAGGCCUUUUUCACAAACUAACAGCCGUGGAAGCUGUAAGAGGAUGUCACAGACACAUGGGAGGUGGUUUGAUGUCAAUAAAUUCAUAAAUGAG